AUGGAAGCAAUUUCGAAGGAUCCGUUUGUUCCAGCUGUGAAACCCGACCAGAGAACAACCUCCAUCGGGGAAGCUGCUCACCGUCAUGAAAACGACGACGUAGGAAGCGGUGGAGGUGAGAUUGGAGCCAGGAAGCUAGAUAAGGACUUGAUGUGUCCGAUUUGUAUGGAGAUAAUAAGGAGAAUGCAUCUCGGAAUGCUUGACAGUGGAAACUUAGAUGUCACGUUUCUUUUCAGAGUCUUAUGGAGUGUUGACUUCUAACGAACAGAACCAUCUAUGCUUGUAUCUGGUAGUGAGUCUAGUGACGAUUGUAAGGUUAAAGUUUGGUGCACAAGACAAGAAGAAAGUGUGCUUAAUAUAGAUAUGAAAGCAAACAUAUGUUGCGUCAAGUACAAUCCUGGCUCAGGCAACUUCAUUGCGGUGGGAUCAGCUGAUCAUCAUAUCUACCACUACGAUUUGAGAAACAUAAGCCAACCACUUCAUGUCUUCAGUGGACACAAGAAAGCGGUUUCCUAUGUGAAGUUUUUGUCCAACAACGAGCUCGCUUCAGCAUCUACAGAUAGCACACUACGCUUAUGGGACGUCAAGGACAACUUGCCAGUUCGGACAUUUAGAGGACACACUAACGAGAAGAACUUUGUGGGUCUAACAGUGAAUAGCGAGUAUCUCGCAUGCGGAAGCGAGACAAACGAAGUAUAUGUGUAUCACAAGGAGAUCACGAGACCUGUGACAUCGCACAGAUUUGGAACACCAGAGAUGGACAAUGCAGAGGAGGAAGUUGGUUCGUAUUUUAUAAGUGCGGUUUGCUGGAAGAGCGAUAGUCCCACGAUGCUGACUGCGAAUAGCCAAGGAACCAUCAAAGUUCUGGUACUCGCUGCUUGAUUGUAAUUAAUAUAUUUUCAACAGAUUUUAAAAAGCUUCUUGAAUCAAUAAAAACGAUAAGGUCACCAUCUAUUGUAUUUAGUGGGAGUAAUAGAGAGAACAAUUUGUCCAAAUUAGGGUUCAUGACUUGGAAAGCAAGUUUGUAUUAUAAUGCUUGACUUGGACCCCCCUCAAGAGAAGAUUUUGUAUCAAACUGUAUAUAGAUAUCUCACGGUUCCUUAAAUCUCUUUUUUUUUUUCUUUUUUUGUUCAACGGUUCAAUCUCUAUAGUUUAUGGGUAUAAUCAAAAUGCUUUGACAGGUGAUAAGUCAAAAACCUUGACUACCUACUAAGCGUCCAACCACAUGCACUUAUAAGUCAUCAAUGUGUGCAUGUAACAAGAUCGUUGAUAAUUGGAGACUUUGUGACAUUAGAGUAGUACUUAAAUACUCUAGAGAACGUAUAAAAUGGGAUUGUAUGUGUGUACACUUUCUCAUUAUACGGCCAUGUUAAUAUUGUAAUAGUAAUCCUUUUACAUUUGGAUACGUAACUCGGAAUGUCAUGAAUUCUAUGAGCAUGCAUGCUUUGGGAAGUUUGAAUCCCAUGGCCGACCAUUUUAGUUAUUUAAAGAAAAACAACUUCCUGAAAUUGAAAACGUUACAUAUUUCAGUACUAGCUCAUCAUAGUCAUUAUAAUUAUAGGUGGCUUGAUAAAAAUAAAUCACUAACAAGUUUUCUAGUUCCCUAAGUCUUUGACUCCGUAUUUUAAAAGUUGUAACUUGUGCUGUAUUUAAGAAGUCAGAAACUCUUUUAAAAGGAAAGAACGACUUUUUUUCGCAACGAGGGGGACACAUGAAUGUGUUUCUUCCCUUUAAGCAACCAUAUCCAUGAAAUCCUUUUAUUUAUGUACUUAAUUUUGUACAAAUAAACUCAAAACCACUCUUUUCACAAAGAUUUUUUUUUAAGAAUAACCAUAGCUUAGAUUAGUAAAAUGUUAAUUAAUCAGAUUGAUAACAAGUAUGGUCGAUCACGUACGUCAAUAGUAAUUUAAUUUAAUUUGUUUAGAAUAUAAGUAUAGUUUGAUAGGCACAUAUUUGGAUUUUUCGUUGUUAUGGUAAAAGCAAUCGUUUCACGGUUGCCACAUAUAUUUCCCAAGUUCACAUCGAAUUAUAAUACUUAUGUAGGUCGAGUUACGUAACCAUAUACCUAUGAAAUCUAAAUGUGAUGUAUUCUUUGUUUGUUUCCAUCAUGUAUAAAUUAAAUAGUACAACAUUUAACUAGCACUCUGAUUAUUUUAUCCUCACGAGCACGAGUCAUAUAAUUAUUUAACUUUAAAUUCGGAACCCCCUCAGGUUAAUCGGUAGUGGAUAGCUGUGAAGAAAAAUGGCAAUAGGUGACUCGGAGCCAACAGUUUCAUCAACACUUUUUGUUAUCAUGGUAUAUCAUAAUCAUAUAGUUAUUAUUUAGGAAGAAAUAGCAAGGUGACUCUAUAAAUUUUAUGUUAAAUCAAACCAAUAAGUAUUUGUCACAGAUGAAGGAAAAGUAUUAGGCACAGUCGUUGGGAUUUCUAUUUGGGUUCCUGUGAGUUUUUAAUUUUUUUUUUAAUUGUGGGUGUUCUAUAUUUCCUUCAAAUUUUAUAUAUGUUUGAGUUUGGUUCUGUUAAUAAUAUUUCGAUAAAAUUUUAUAAUAUAUCUAAGACAUUUCAAAUUUGAAGUUACUCAGAUUCAAUUAACAAUGAUUCUGAAGUACUUAUUUAACUUCUAAAUACUAAAUUUUAACUUAGUUUUUAUAUUUAUUUUUUCUUUCUUUUGAAGGUAUUUUUAAGUUUUUGAGUUUUUAUGCAUAAUCGAGUUGGAUAAUACUUGAUAUCAAAAUACCGUCAUGCAAAAUUUAUUCCAAUAAUUUUGUAAGUCAGACAAGAUACAAAUUCAAGUUUUUAUUUCAGAUUUGGUUUUCAAGUUCAGUUUGAGUUUGGUUUGGGUUUACAAUACUCAAUUAAUUAGGUUUUCACAUCAUCCAUUUUUAACCUCAACCUAACCAUGUGUACAUCCAUCAGUAAAGCUAAUGAAUAUAUUUGAAUAAAGUAAGGACAUCCCAGUUCAUUGAUUAAGAACCAUUACAAUAAAUAAAAGGCACUAGACCCUAGUAAUCAACCAUAAUGGUGGGAACAAUUAUGAACUCUUCUCUGGUUUAACGGCUCUAGUUAAUUUAAAUAAUCUGAGAACAUAGUCGUCACAUAUAAUUUGAUUAAUUAAUUUGAAAUGUAUGCCUUAGUUUUAGUAGCAAUAAUCAUUUGCUCCAUAAUCAUUUUAAAAUUAUUUGCUCCAUAUGUAGAACAAGCAACAUCUUAUUUAUGGUAUUCGUAAAGUAUGGUAGCAAAAGUCAAAAACAAAAUGGCUAUUGUAACAUUUUUUAAUGAAAAAAUAAAAAAAAACUACUAAAAUUUAGUUUGCUUGUUUUAACCAAAAAUACUGGAAUUUUUUUGAGAACUCUAGUUUUUAAGAAUAAUUUUAUGAAAGUGCUCCCAAAAACCUUUUUUCAAAAAUAGCAUCUUAUUUUUUUGAAAGUAUAAAAUUGAUGUAUAAUAUAACUUUCAAAAUGAAAAUUUAUGAUAUAAAAUUGCACAAUUUAAAGAAUUUAUAAUGAGCAUCAUAAGCACCUUAUAAAUUUAUAAAUCAAAUUAUAAUAAUUUAUAUGAGUUUAGCAUCUUUAAAAUUUUAUUUUAUAAAAAUGCAUAAAAAUAGACAUCAUAUAGUGAUUUUAAAGGGUAUCAUAAGAGUUAUGACUUUAUAUGUGUUUUUAAUAAAACAUUCUUUGAUAAUGCCAAAACAUUGUUUUCGAUUUUUAUGUUUGCAAUAAAAUUUUGUAAAGAAUAAUGAUAUUUUAUCGAAGAAUUAUGACAUAAAGAGGCUUUAAGUUGCAUAUUUGACCACUUGAUCCAAGUAAUCGAUUAAUAAUUUUUUUGAUAAAUUCUAUCGGUUGAUCCGGUCGGUCUCGUGAGUAAUUGAUUAAUAAUUGUACACUAUUUUUAUGAAUUAAUUUAUUUUCUACCAGUGAGAUUAGAUUAAUUCCGUCCACACGAGUAAAAUAUUCGAUACAUAAUAUAACCAUAUUGGUGACAAAAAAAUUAUAACCAUAUUAAAACAGUUUUAUCAUUUCAGAAGUCUAUAAUAAGUAAAUAAAUAACUAUCACGAGAGAAUCGAGUUUUAGUCUAGAUUUACAUGAUGAGUCACCGUAUAUCAAAAAUACUUUGAGUUUAAUUUUGAAAUGUCGAAACUCAGUUAUUUUUUGUUGGAGGGUAAGAAAUAUUAUUUGUCUUUUACCUUUGCCUAUUUCUUCAUCUAUUAGUCUAUAUUAUCAAUCAUUGAAAUAUUCCAAAAUCAUAUAAAAUCUUAAUAUUCCAUUGUCAAUUGUGUAAAUGUGUAUGGAUGUAUGAGGCAUUAUUAUCAGUCCGGUCCUACUAGGCUGAUUCGAUAAAUUCGACCACAAUUAGAAAUGACGCUUUGAACUUUUUAGUUUGAAUCAAUUUAUUCUAACAAUAGAAAUGUGACCGGAAUAUAGAAAUGAAUCUUUAAUUUUUAUUAAAUACUAACUUGUACAGCCGUAUAUAGUAAAUUCCAAUGUGUUAGAUUAGUGUAUUUAUUUAUGGAUUCUGCGAUCUAAAAGAUAAUCAGAUUCACUUGUCUAAUCAAAACGCUAAACUCAGAAAAUUAUAUAACAAGUAUACUUUAAAAAUAUAAUCCCGGUUAUUAUCAUCUAAUUGGGAGUUUUUUUGCCAACUAUAAGGUGAUAAUUAUUAAUUAGGUAAAUGACUAUAGCCUAAAAAAAAAUACAAAAAUGAAAUAAUAUUUUGGAACCAUAUAUACUGUAAACAACAUGGUAGUUUUAAGAAAAGAUAAAACAUGGUAGCUUUUUUAAAUAUCAUGUUAGUCAAAAGUAUAGCCCUGAUUAUAGUUUGAAUCGAAUAUUACAAAACGUUUAUUUGAUUUAAAGUUUCAUUUCAUGUUGUUAAUUUCGAAUUAGAAUAUCUUUUUAAAAGACAAACGAACUUUCACUACUAAAUAUAAAUAUAUUCGAAUACUAGUGUAUUUUACCAUCGGUUCACAUGGUUGGAGACAAAGAAUAUUUAGAUAGACAGAGAAUAUAUUUAUACGAUAUGAUUUUUAGUCUUGUCCUUUUGGUUUGAAGAAAGGUUGGAAUGAUUGGAUCGGCUUCUCGUCGUCUCUUCUUCUUCCAUACAGUGACCAACUCGAGAACAGAAAGUAAUGGGAGAGAUAGGAAUGAAUUCCCACUUACUAAUGCUAAGACCAUCUCCAACCCACCUCUAUUUUUAUUUCUAUAUUUUCCUCUAAAAUAGAGAAACUCUAUUAUAGAGGUGGAUUUGCUCCAAUGUAUGCUUCUAUAAUAGAGUUUCUUUAUUUAUAAAGAAAAAUAUAGAGAUUUGCUAUUUCUAUCUCUAAAUAUAGAAAUAAAAAGUAGGAUUCCUCUAUAUUUUCCUCUAAAAUAAAGGAAUUCUAUUAUAGAGGCAUACAUUGGAGCAAAUUCACCUCUAUAAUAGAGAUCUCUAUUUUAGAGGAAAAUAUAGAGAUAUACAUUAGAGAUGCUAAGUCACUUAAAGUGGAACAAUAAUCAAAACUUAAAAUAGAGUAUUCUUCUAGCUAAAACUUUUUCGUUUGACCAAUUCAAUCCUAUAAUAGUAUUAUUUCUACAUACCGACAUUCACCAUUCAAGGUGUUUCCCAAUAAGUGUAACUCGACAUUAGAUUCUAUAAUUUCGUUUUUUUUUUUGUAAAGUUUGGGGAAUUCAUAGUAUAGUAAUUAUCAAUUAAAAAAACCAUAAUAUAGUACUUCGACAUUUUUCAAGUAGUUGAACUUAUAGCAUUUCAUGUUGAUCCAACUAAAUUUUACAAGACUUGAAAUCAAUAUUGAAGACGAAGUUGUAACGAUAUCUAAAACAUGCAUUUGAAAUGGUACAAAAAAAAACAUUGAAAAAAAUAUAAUAUACAUAUUUAACAGUAAGAAUAAGAACUACUCAUUUUUUCCUUAUUUAAAAUGGUCAUGGAAUCUCUUUACAAGAGUCUUAAGAAGACCAAUGUUCACAUUUGAUUGAAAGGACAAGAAUACAUAAAACUAAUGGUGGUAUCAACCAUUUGAGGCGAUGUGUCUCUUAUUGAUCAAUACUAAGUUUUUUUAUUUAUAGUCCGCAAAUUAUUGUGGAAGGGUUAUGUUAUCCACAAGUUAAUAAGUUAUUCCAUCAAUUUCAUUUUUUUUGUUUAUAUUUGUCUGUGGUCAAUUAUAUUAGAAGCCCGACCGAGAGAUUGAGCCAGUUUGGAUACCAAAGAAAAAAAUUGUCUCUUGCGUAGGAGCUCCACAGGUGUUUGACCCUCUAUAAAGAAUUAGAGAUACCAAUAUCGGGUCCUCACCUACAUGAAUCUCAAUUUUGAAAAAGCCUCCUCGACGACAUCAUCCCUAACCCAAUAAUUAAUUUACGACAAAGCUUUUUUUCUAUUUUUCUUGACUCACCGGUUAGUCGCGUUUAAGAAACGUGAAUAUUGGAUAAUCUUUAUAACAACACAUUAUAUUAAGUUACAAAAAAAAAAAAAAAAAAAAAACAACACAUUAUAUUAUCUCAUAAGUAUUCCACCUAAUUCUUCGUGUUGCAGGCAUUAUUCGAUGGCAAAUUAUGAUUAUCAUGACUCUAGAAAUGUCACUAUAUCAAAAUCAUUCCACAUUAUUUUCUAUUAUUUCCCAACCCGUCUUAUUAACAAUCCUAAUUUUUUUAUAAAUAUAUUUUCUCUUUAUAUAAAUUUCUAAGAAGUGGACCGAGAGCUUAUCAGCUAUAUCUAAUCCCAUCUUCCAAAAAUGGGUUUCACGAUGAGCCAAAAUGUAAUAUAUCAGAGCAUCUCCAAAAAACAUUCUAUAACUUCAAAUACAAAGUUUUUUGUUCUCUAAAAAUAAACUUCAAAACUUCAAAAAAAGUAAAAUUCUAUUUGAAGUUCCACUACUCAAAAUUUAAAAUUUGAAGUUUCAUAUUUUUAUUUGCAUUUUGGUCUCUACAAUCACACAUCACUUUUAUGAUUCAUAAAUAUUUUUACGUUUAUUGUUUUAAUCCUUAAUAAAUUUAUAUCUCAUAAAUAUUUUAAAUUUUGUUUACAAAUUUUAAAUUUUACACAUAAAAUUAAAUAAAACUUUAAAAUGAGAUUUAAAUUAUUUUAAGAUAGAUUUAGACAAUAAUAAUAUACAAAAAAAACUUAACAAAAAGAUUUUUAAAAAUUA